CAGCUGUCACUUUUAAACCCGCUUGGAGGGAAACAGUCUGUUGGCAUCGGUUUUCAUCCCCCGCGCGCGGUAAUUGACCUCGUUAGGAAGUGUAAUUUAGCUCUAUAUAAACUCGAAUAUUAUAAUCACACAUCAUGGAUCCGAACGAUGCCUCCCUAACCUGUGCCGUGAACGUAGAAUGGAACGAUCCGCAUGGCACUACGUUGCGGAAGUUUGCCCACAAGCAAACCACGCUAAGGCUAUCCCGGAACACGCUGAAAGAGAUGUUCCUCGAGCUGUCGGCAGAAAAGCACAGUACGAUACGAUUUAAGCUGCGGAGUGUCCAGGUGCACUCGAAGUUUAUGGCCGAGGGUAAGGCGAGCAUCAAGUUCAACGAUGAAAAGUGUACGCUGUUCCUGUCCAACGCACCGCCCGGGCUGUUGAUUCAGUUUCUGAAAAUUGUCUUUGUGAAGCUCACAAAUGGUGGCAGAGCGGGUGCCGGAAAGAAGGAGGAACCUUUUAACAAAACGGAACUGCUGAAGAAAUCUCGAGCGCAUGUACUGGCAGGGAAGUCGCUGAACCACUUUGAUGAGAUCAGUCCCGUGACGACGAGUGAACUAAAUCGCGCUCGGAAGUUGGCCCUGGGGAAGGGCUCCAUAACGACACCGUCUCCGUCCCAGAAACGAAAACGACCUUCGGAUGAUCCGUCCAGCGAACGCCCGAGACCGAAGAAACUUCUGUCCGAUCAGCCAAUGGAGGAAGCAGCCUUGAUCGAUGGAGUGCAAUUGAACGAGGAGCAGAAGCGUGUCCUGUCCGCCUGUCAAUCUGGCCAGAGCAUAUUCUUUACCGGGUCCGCUGGAACGGGGAAAAGUUUUCUGCUGCGAAAGAUCAUUGCGACCCUGCCUCCGGACGGUACGAUUGCGACUGCUUCGACGGGAGUGGCCGCCUGUUUGAUCGGUGGAACUACGUUGCAUUCGUUUGCCGGAAUUGGAACGGGGGAAGCGACACUACAGAAUUGCUACGACAAGGCAUCCCGUGCGAAUACGGCCCAAGCGUGGCGUAAGUGUAAAAGACUGAUUAUUGAUGAAAUAUCGAUGAUAGAAGCGGAUUUCUUUGAAAAAAUUGAAGCUGUUGCACGAUACGUUCGGAAAAACGACAAACCUUUCGGUGGCAUUCAGCUAAUCCUUUGCGGUGACUUCUUCCAACUGCCCCCCGUCGGUCGCCUGCCAGACCGUUCCCGACCCGGCCAAUAUUCCCAGGACGCGUACCAAGAUGACGAUUUGGGUCGGGUUCGGUUUUGCUUCGAAUCGAAAGUAUGGCAGAAAUGCAUCCAGGCAUCGUACGAGCUAACGGUCGUACAUCGGCAGCGUGACCAGGAGUUCAUUAGCAUCCUGAACAGCAUCCGCAUUGGCCGUGUGACGGACGAUAUUAGCGAACGGCUGCGUAAAACCGCUGCUCAACGUAUCGAAACCGAAGGAAUUCUUGCCACCCAGCUCUGUUCCCACACGAGCGAGGUGGAAGCAAUCAAUCAGGCCAAACUCGAAGCCCUUCGAUCCGAGCCCAUAACGUUCGAGGCGAAGGACAGCGAUCCGUACAGCGUCAAGCAGAUCGAUAUGAUGCUGCAGGCACCGGCCAAACUAACGCUCAAGAUCGGUGCACAGGUAAUGCUGCUGAAGAACUACAACAUUUCCGAAGGUCUAGUCAAUGGCGCACGUGGUGUAAUAGUGAACUUUGUGCAAGGUAUGCCACUGGUAAAGUUUAAACAUCGAGAGCUUCUAAUUCGUCACGAAAAGUGGGCCGUUAAGACGGGCACGGGAUUGGUUUUAACCCGCAUACAGCUUCCCCUAAAGCUAGCCUGGGCAUUCUCCAUUCACAAAUCACAAGGCCUAACUCUGGACUGCGUAGAACUAUCCCUCUCGAAAGUGUUCGAGGCGGGCCAGGCAUACGUGGCGCUAAGCCGUGCCCAAAGCCUGGACAGUAUCCGUGUGCUUGAUUUCGACCUACGGCAGGUUUGGGCCAACACGAAGGUGCUCGAAUUUUAUCGCGAUCUGCGGAAAAGAAUCAACGCCACGAACAGCAUGGAACCGGUGGCAGUUAAACGUAGUCUGAAGAAAUCUUUGUCCGCGAUGGGACUCUCGAAAGCGAUCAUGAGCAAACCGCUGGUGACGAUUAAGUAAAGUAGCUACAAAGCAAUCAAUCCGUAUCAUGAUGCAUUUUCAUCUAGACAAUUCGUAGAUAAUUAGUAUGGGCUUAAUAUUUGUGAUGCGACAUUCAACUACACAAUAUGUUCUAAUAAAAAAAAAUAAACCUCACUGAUAUAUUUACCAUUUAAAUAUGA